UUCAUCUUGAAGUUCAAUAUCUAUCUGUUCAGAUGCCAUUCUCAAGUAUGGGGGUAUUGGGUAUCUCUCUCAGUGGCUCUUUUCUUUUUCAUUCACAGACCCUCCUGGAGGAGAAUGGCUGUAGAAAACUCCUCCGUGACAGAGUUUAUCCUUGCAGGCUUAAUGGACCAGCCGGGACUCCGGAUCCCCCUCUUCUUCCUGUUUCUAGGUUUCUAUGUGGUCACUGUGGUGGGAAACUUGGGCUUGAUAACCCUGAUUGGACUGAAUUCUCACCUUCAUAUCCCCAUGUACUUUUUCCUCUUCAACUUGUCCUUCAUAGAUUUUAGUUACUCUACUGCCAUCAUACCCAAAAUGCUAAUGAGUUUCAUCUCAAAGAAGAACAUUAUUUCCUAUGCAGGGUGUAUGACUCAACUCUUUUUCUUUUGUUUCUUUGUGUUUUCUGAGUCCUUCAUCCUGUCAGCAAUGGCAUAUGACCGCUAUGCUGCCAUCUGUAAACCACUGGUGUACACAGUCACCAUGUCUCCACAGGUCUGUUUAUUCCUUUUAUUGGGUGUCUAUGGGAUGGGAGUUUUUGGGGCCAUGGCCCAUACAGGAAAUAUAGUUUUUCUAACCUACUGUGCCAACAACCUUGUCAAUCACUAUAUGUGUGACAUCCUUCCCCUCCUGGAGCUCUCCUGCAACAGCUCUUACAUAAAUGUCCUGGUGGUCUUUAUAGUUGUGACCGUUGGCAUUGGGGUACCCAUUGUCACCAUUUUUAUCUCUUAUGGUUUCAUUCUUUCCAGCAUUCUCCAUGUUAGCUCCACGGAGGGCAGGUCCAAAGCCUUCAGUACCUGCAGCUCUCACAUAAUUGCAGUUUCUCUUUUCUUUGGUUCAGGAGCUUUUAUGUACCUCAAACCACCUUCUGUUUUGCCCCUUGACCAGGGGAAAAUUUCCUCCCUCUUCUAUACCAUUGUUGUGCCCAUGUUCAAUCCAUUGAUCUAUAGCUUGAGGAAUAAGGAUGUCAAGUUUGCCUUGAAAAAAACCUUGGGCAGAAUAGCCCUCUAUUAA